UCCCACCUGUUCCUGCCAAUCUCCGGGAAGGAGAAAUGACACUGGAGAGGCAGAGAGGAGUGACUGCAGAGACAGAGCGGUGGGUGGGCUGGCCCAUGGCUGAAGCCUCGGUCCCAGAGCUGAGGGGAGAUGCCGAAGCCACACCUUGCCCCAGUGUUCUGGAACUGGAGGAGCUCCUGAGGGCAGGGAAGAUUUCUUGCAGCCACGUGGAUGAAGUUUGGCCCAACCUUUACAUAGGAGAUGCGGCCACGGCAAAUAACCGCUUUGAGUUAUGGAAGCUGGGCAUUACCCACGUGCUGAACGCAGCCCACGGGGGACUCUACUGUCAGGGUGGCCCUGAUUUCUACGGCAGCAGUGUGAGCUACCUGGGGGUACCAGCCCACGACCUCCCCAAUUUCGACAUCAGUGCCUACUUCUCCUCCGCAGCCGACUUCAUCCACCGUGCCCUCAGCACACCUGGGGCCAAGGUCCUGGUGCACUGUGUGGUAGGGGUGAGCCGCUCCGCCACGCUGGUCCUGGCCUAUCUCAUGCUGCACCAUCAGCUGUCCCUGCGCCAGGCUGUGAUUACCGUGAGGCAACACCGGUGGGUCUUCCCCAACCGAGGCUUCCUCCACCAGCUCUGUCAGCUCGACCAGCGGCUGCGGGGCGCAGGCCGGAACUGAGG